AUGGGGUAUUCAAAUUCAGUUAGAAUUAUUUUAGCUUUUUUAUUUGUUUUGCUGCUUUCUUCCUGGACCCAUGUUGCAUCGGCUGAUGAAGGGUACAUAUCAGCGGAGAUAUCGAAUAAAGGUCUUGCCUUUAUGAAGGAUUUGCUGAUUGAAAAAGCUGAGACUUCAUUAGUUCCACUUGAGCUGCAUAAGAUUGAGAAGGGCGUGAAAAUUCCUUUGAUUGGUAGAGUUCAUAUGGAGGCAUCAAAUAUUACAAUUUACAAGAUCCAUGUUACAAACUCAACCGUCAGAAUUGGCGAGUCGGGCAUAGUUAUUGAUGUUUCUGGUGCUACUGCCAAUUUGACCAUGAAUUGGAGCUAUUCCUACAGUACUUGGUUCGUUCCAAUUGCGAUUUCGGAUAAAGGAGAGGCAACUGUUGAGGUUGAAGGUAUGGAAGUUGGGCUCACCCUGGGUUUGAAGAAUGAACAAGGAUCUCUUAAGCUGUCUCUUCUGGAAUGUGGUUGUUAUGUGAAAGAUCUAUCCAUUCAUUUGGAUGGUGGAGCAUCCUGGCUCUACCAAGGAUUGGUUGACGCGUUUCAAGACAAUAUAGGAUCUGCUGUUGAAAAAGCUGUUUCAAAGAAAUUAGAAGAUGCAAUUGAAAAAAUUGAUCCUCUAUUGGAAUCUCUUCCAAAAGAAGUGUCUAUAAACAAUAUAGCUGAUCUGAAUGUUACCUUCAUUGGUGAUCCAGAAUUAAGUAGCUCUUCUCUUGAACUUGAAAUUAGUGGUUUGUUCAGUGUCAAGGAUGAAAAUGAUGAAAUCGAAGUUUCUAGACUUCAGCACGAGCGUGUACAAGGGCCAGUUUUCUGUGAGGAUCCAACUAGGAUGGUCGGGAUUUCAGUGCAUGAAAAUGUUCUCCAGUCAGCAUCCACGGUUUACUUUCAAGCCAAUAAGAUGCGAGGGAUUGUCGAGAAGAUACCUGAUCAAGACCUCUUGAACACUGCUGGAUGGAAAUACAUUGUUCCCCAGCUGUACAGAAUGUACCCUAAUAAGAACAUGAGCCUAAACGUUGCUGUGUAUUCGCCUCCAAUCAUUAAAGUUGGAGAGCGACAGGUUGAUGCAACAAUCCCCUUGGAUGUGAUAAUUAACGUUUUGGAUGCUGAUCAAGUGCUUCCUGUUGCAUGUAUUUCUGUGGUAAUCAGUGCUGCCGCAUAUCCAGAAAUAUCUAAAAACGCUCUAGGUGGUAGCGUGAAGUUAAAAGAGUUUACUAUGGCUCAAGAAUGGAGCAAGAUUGGUAACUUCCACAUGUAUCUUGUUCAGCCCUUCUUCUCGACUUUGCUGAGAACUGUGGUCUUGCCUUACAUCAAUCUGAAGCUGAGCCAAGGGUUUCCGCUGCCUCUUUUUCAUGGUUAUGGUCUCCAAAACAGUCAGCUUAUCUUGACCAACUCUAGGAUGGUGCUUUGCAGUGAUGUUGCAUCUACAGAAGCACUGCAUACACCUCACUGGUCUCCCUCGAUCCGGCCCCCACGGCGUCGUUUAUGUUGCCCUGGUUGCGUUAGGGUUUUUCUGGAGAUGGAGGUUGAAUCCGCGGUGAAUUUAGGCGAGAAAAGGCCGGCGGAGGAUGGUGGUGGUGGUGAUGGAGGGGGAGUAACGGAUGGAGCUCCGGCGAGUAAGAAGGCCAGGAGGAAUGGUGUUGCCGGUGGAGCUUUGAGGAGCAUGAGGAAAGUUGCGGAGAUGGUUUUGGUGUUGUCGGCGAUGGGGAAGAUGAGGGGAGGCCAGGUUCCUACGGGUGUUGAGAAGGGGAUUAUGGCUGCGGCUAGGGAUAAGUUGGCGGAGGUUUGUGAACUGUUUCCGCCUAAGGAUGUGUUCCCCAGGGAUGUUUUUGGGGCAAUCAUUGAGGAUCUUGGACUUAAUAAGACUAGGGAACCCAGGUUAGGUGCGCGGCCACCCAAAAUUUCUAUUGCUGAGAAGUUCUUGCUCUCCAAAAGAAAGAUGGAAAAAGCUGAUGAAUUAGCUCCAUCUGCGGCAAAUCUGUCCCAAAGAUUACAUGGAAACCCUGCCGCUGCAACUGAAAGUCGUGCUACCGUGCCUGCUGGUCGAUCGCCUCAUUUCCCGAUACCUACUGGAAAUUUCCAACCUUCGCCUCUCUAUCAUGUGGCUGGCUCAAAUUCCACAUCUAUUCCAUAUCAGCUGCCCACCAGUGAAGUAAGGCCAGUGGGUGCAAGUGGGUUGACGUCUGGUCAUACGGGAAAGGAUUCAACUUCUGUAGCAUUGACUAGGAUUGACCGACCACAUGUUAGAUCAGAUGGAAAACCCAAUGGUCCUGCUCCGACGUCACAUGUUCAAGCGUAUCAAUCUGGAGACCGUUCUUCUGCGAAAGCUCCAGCAUGGUCUGUGCAGUCUCAGUCUGUCCCAUCAACUAAAACUGCAGUAGAGAAGGUGUCUGGUCAAACAAUUACUAAAAUGGAGGGAAGCACUGAUCCCAAGUCUGGAGUUCCGAGUCAUUCCACACCUUCAAAGCCAAUUGUUGCUCAGACAAUAACAGGAGAUCAGCUUGGUGUGCAUCAGCAUUUCGAAGGCCCAAAUACUAUUCAAGCUCCUGCACCAAGAAAUACCCAUGCUGAAAUUAGUAAGAUGGUUCAAAUGCUGUUACAACCCAGAGUUUCUGAGCAUCCUUCUUGGACUCCGCCAUCCAGGGAUUACAUGAAUAAGGCUAUAAUGUGCGAGACAUGCAAAGUUAACACUAAUGAAGUUGACAAUGUGUAUGUUUGUGAUGCUUGUGAGAAAGCUUAUCACUUGACAUGUCUCCAAAUCAACACUGCAAAAGGACUUCAAAGAGGAGAAUGGCACUGUGACAAGUGCUUGCAGUUGAGCAAUGGAAAACCCUUGCCCCCAAAAUAUGGUAAGGUCUUGAGACAUUCUAGUGUACCUAAAGUGCCCUCCAAUGCGGCAGCAACCCAGUCAAAUUUGGAUAAGAAGACUGGUCCUCAAGGUGGGAAGGUCACUCACCAGAAGAUGAUGCCAAAUGGGACUCCUCCUAUCCGAUCAGGUCCUGCUGGUAAUACAUUUAGUAGUCACAGCCACCCAAUGUCCGUACAAAAGGUGGAAAGCCCAGGCGGCAUUCGACAGAAUACGGUUGUUGGCAAGGGAAUGGUGGAUGACAGAUCUUCUCUAUCUUUACAUAACUCAAAGCAAACCUCCAAUACAGCUUUCAACCCUCCUGCUGCAGCACCAGUUUUUAACUUACGUGAAGAGACAUUAUUGGAAUCAAAAUUACCUCCAAAUAGUAGUGUCCCAAUGCAACAGUCUCUUGACAAGAAGCGUCAUGAGCCUUCUGGAGGAGAAAAUUUACGCAAUAAUUUGACCGCAAAAUACUUAAAAGAUGAUUCAGGGACUGUACGGUCAAUUUCUGCUGAAAUUUCUUCAACCAAUACUGGACAUAAAGAUCAUGAAGGUCCUUUACCAGAAUAUGUGAACAGUGUUGAUUGGAUUGGUGGAAUACUUAAAAUUGAGGAGCAAAAAGCUUUUUACAAGUCUUGCUGCAUUAAUGGACUUGUCUACCAGGUUAAUGAUCAUGUUCUUAUUCGUUUCAACCACAAAGUGAUUCCAUCAAAGCUCCAGGCUAUGUGGGAGGAUACUAAGGAGAAAGUAAAGUGGGUGACCGUGAAUCGCUGCUACUUUCCUAGUGACUUGCCAGAGGCUGUUGGCCGACCUUGUGGCUUGGAAAACAAUGAGGUCUACGAGUCCAACGCUACUUGUAAUCUAAGGGCUGGGGCAAUACAGGGCCCCUGUGAAGUUCUCCCUCCAAGUAGGUUUAAUGAAGAAAAGGAAAGGAGAGGCAAUGAAAACUUACGGCCACUCUUUUUAUGCAAAUGGAUUUAUGAUGAAUCGAAAGGGCUCUUCCGAGAUGUGAACUGUUAG